GAAGAAGUUGUAGAAGAAGAAGUUGUUGAAGAAGUUGUCGAAGAAGAAGAAGAAGUCAAAGAAACAGAGUGCUAUAAAUUCGUAAAGAAAUACGCUAGCAUAAUUGACCACACAUUGGAUACACACAAUGGAGGUGCAAUUUUACAAGAAUUUCGACUUCACAUACCUUGGUAUACGUACCCAUAUUACGAUGAUAAUGAUCAAAGCACUUGCCCAAAAAAGAGGUGCCUAAUCCAAAAAUGGCUCGAGUUUGCAUUUUCGAAACAAGUCCUAAUCAUCCACGUACGGUUAGAUUGCAGCCACAGGUGGGCUCUCUUUCCAUUUUUCUCGAGCAAAAACGAAACCCUCAAAGAAUUGUCCCUAAAUUCAGUUGAUGUGGAUGACGAGUUUCUCGAGCUACUUCUCUCGAAUUUCGUUGCCCUUGAGCGUCUAUCGAUCGAACGCAGCUAUAGACUAAGUGUUGUACGUUUCUUAGGCGAUUUAUUAGUAGCUCCGAAGUUGAAGCACUUUGUCAUAAGUGCAUGUUGUGAGAUCAAAUCCGUCGAGAUUAGAGACAUGACGAACCUCGAAUCUCUGUCGCUUCAUCGAUUGCCACAUCAUUACAAACUCGUGCUAGAAAAUGUUCCGAGUCUUGUUGAUUUGGACACGUGCAAAAAUAUCGGGAUUCAAAUCCUUUCGCAGGGCAUUAUUAGUGGCCAAUUGGUGAAGCUCAAGCUCUCGUCCGACCCCUAUCAUGAUAUCUCAUAUGAUGACGUGGACGACAUGUGCCUCCCGAAACUAGUGAAGAUUAAACAUAUGGAGUUGGAAUAUUCUAUCCGUGGUGAUGGUAACAUUCGUGAACUGUUUCAUUUCAUCGAGGCUUGUCCGUACAUGCAGAAACUUAAGAUUCGGUUUGUAUGGCAUAAAUGUCCGAGCAAUUAUAUGUAUGGUCGUAGUGCGCAAUAUCGUAUUAAGGCGGUGACCAAAACUUCGUACGAUCAUCUCAAAAGGGUGGAAUUAGUAGGGCUCUUUGGGUGCCCACGUGAAUACGAAUUUGGAUCGUGCAUUAUUGGAAAGGCUACCGCGCUUGAAGAGAUGUUCGCAGAAACGCGCGCCUACGACAAUGUCAUAAUGGAACGGAAGGCGAUAUCCCGUGUAUGGAAGUAUUUUAGAAGAAAAUUGCCAAAAUCGGUUAAUUUGGUUGUCGAGUAGAUAAUCUUAGGAUAUUGCUUUGCUAGCUUGUGUUUGAGUUUAAUGUUUCAUAAAUUUGACUGGGAUUAUUUUAUUUAUGAUCAAAUUUUUUGAUA